AAGCGGUAGAAAAUGGAUGGAUGGAUAUAAGACUUUUAAAGUCAUUUUGAUAGAAGGCUAAUGUAGACACUUACAUCAUGUGUUGUCUUCAUUAUUUGCGGCUCCAGACGGAUUUAUUUUUAUUAUUAUUGGUCCAGUAUGGCUCCUUCAACAUUUUGUGUUGCUGACCUAUAUAGAAACGUCGGGAGGCUUUUUUUCCAAAACGUUGCAGUUCUCCUCCAGGCCACAAGAGGCACCCAAGCCUGUGGUGAUAGUGACGUCACGCACUCAAUCCGGAAGUGACUUGUCAGACGGCGGCCGUGGGCCGCGUGUUUUUGGUGACGUAGGAAACGACAGAAGACACUUUUUUAUAAGUUUAAUUUGAGCAUUAAUUCUCAUGAACAGCGAUGAAGACUGUGUUUGUCACCGUGGGAACUACCAGCUUUGACGAGCUUAUCGAGAAAAUAACGUCCGUCCAUGCUGUUAAGGCUCUAAAAGACCGCGGAUAUGAGCGGUUAGUCCUUCAGGUUGGACGAGGAUCCUUUCUCCCAGACGCCCACACCUGUCCACACAUCUACCUGGAGGUGUUUCCCUUUAAAGACUCCAUAGCAGAGGACAUGGAGCAGGCUGACCUGGUCAUCAGCCACGCAGGGGCGGGAAGCUGCUUGGAGGCCCUGGGUGCGGGCAAAGCCUUGCUGGUGGUGGUCAAUGACAAGCUGAUGGACAACCACCAGCUGGAACUGGCCAGACAGCUGCACCUGGACUCCCACUUGCUCUACUGCACCUGCAGCACUCUGACGGAAACACUCCGGACCAUGGAUCUGUCCGUCCUUCAGCCUUUUGUGCCCGGUCAGCCAAAGAAGUUUGCGGACUUUAUGAAAAGAGCUUUAGGUCUCCAAUAAAGCUUCUUGUUGAUGAUUACGUCGAUGGCGAGCUACCAGUCGAUGGCAGAGGGUGUGUCAGUCCACCGCCUGUCAGGCAUUAAAGAAAUAGACCUAAAAAUGAGCGAUGAUCAAUCUCCACCAAGACGUGACUUUCGUCACUUGAUUGACAUUCACGGCACCCGAGGGUCUUGUGAGACGACGCAGGCUGCUGCCAGAUCAUUAUUAAGAAAAAAUGACCGACAGGAAGGCGAGAAACACUUUUUAUUUCAACAGACUUAGGACCGAUCUGCUGUCCACAUGGAACCCUUCUCCACUUCGGCCUUCAAAGUUCUCGUUUGAAUAUUUGCUCCCACCACCAAGAUCUGCACCUGCGGCGGCUCCACCCGGGCUCAGGCCCGAGGCUUCAGCGCGCACCGCGGCGGACAUCCUACUCGUCGCGGCUCUCGCUGCCGGCAACGGCCGGGUAUGGGCCCGACUCUCCAGCGCCAUCCAUUUUUAGGGCUAGUUGAUUCGGCGGGUGGGUUGUUACGCACUCCUUAGCGGGUUCCGACUUCCAUGGCCACCGUCCUGCGGUCUAUAUCAACCAACACCUUUUCUGGGGUCUGAUGAGCGUCGGCAUCAGGCGCCUCAACCCGGCGUUUGGUUCAUCCCGCAGCGCCAACUUUGCUUACCAAAAGUGACCCACUGGAACGGGGGUCUCCAGCCUCAUUUAAGCCAGGCAGCUGUUCAGAAGAUAUGUUGCGGGUGUGAAACUUGACGGAACAAGCCUGAACUGCUGCCAGGCUUAUUUUGACAUGAAUGAUAAUAAGGAUUGCGAGGCAUCCUCACUGCACCUGUGCCCGGGCUUUGAACCUGCCGUCAAAACUCUAAAGACCGACCGCACAGUUCCUGUCUUCACAAUAAAAGCGCUGCGUCUUUCUGCCUGCGCUAACAAAAUAAGAGUCUCAGAAAGCUGGCGUGCACAAGCGAGCAAGCCACAGAGUUUGCCGCCAUUGUAUUUGUUGUAAAGUGUAUAAUCAAACCCCGGCCGAGUCAUACCAAAGACUAUAAAAAUGCAUCAAGGGUUGGAAUUUGGGGGUUAAAUCACCAAAAUGAUUCCCGGGCGCGGCCACCGCUGCUGCCCACUGCUCCCCUCAUCUCCCAGGGGGUGAUCAAGGGUGAUGGGUCUAAUGCAGAGAAUAAUAGAAUAGAAUAGAAAGUACUUUAUUGAUCCCUGGGGGAAAUUCAGCACCACAGUUCGCUCACAAUAGACAAUAAACAUUUAGGUAUUUUUACAUGUGAAUAACAUAAAUACAGUCUAUUACACAACAUUAUUCACAUGUGACUAAUAUAAAUACAGUAUUAUACAGCAUUAUUCACAUGUGAAUAAUAUAAAUACAGUCUAUUAUACUGCAUUAUUCACAUGUGAAUAACAUAGUCUAUUUUACAGCAUUAUUCACAUGUGAAUAACAUAAAUACAGUCUAUUAUACAGCAUUAUUCACAUAUGAAUAAUAUAAAUACAGUCUAUUAUACAGCAUUAUUCACAUGUGAAUAACAUAAAUACAGUCUAUUAUACAGCAUUAUUCACAUAUGAAUAAUAUAAAUACAGUCUAUUAUACAGCAUUAUUCACAUGUGAAUAACAUAAAUACAGUCUAUUAUACAGCAUUAUUCACAUGUGAAUAAUAGUCUAUUAUACAGCAUUAUUCACAUGUAAAUCAUAUAAAUACAGUCUAUUAUACAGCAUUAUUCACAUAUGAAUAAUAUAAAUACAGUCUAUUAUACAGCAUUAUUCACAUGUGUAUAACAUAAAUACAGUAUUAUACAGCAUUAUUCACAUGUGAAUAAUAUACAUACAGUAUUAUACAGCAUUAUUCACAUGUGAAUAAUAUAAAUACAGUCUAUUAUACAGCAUUAUUCACAUGUGAAUAAUAUAAAUACAGUCUAUUAUUUCGCCACACCUAGUGUGUGUGUGACAAUCAUUGGUACUUUAACUUUAACUUAACUUAAAAGGAGUAUGGAAGCUGGACAAACAAGAUGGCAAAAAGCAAGCACUUUCAUGUGGUAUUGGACACAAAGGAGGACUUUUUUUCCUCCUCCAUUUGAAAAUGUGGAUGUUAUCAUCACUACUGUCUGAUUCCAAUCAAUGCAAGUCAUCAGAAUCAGGAAAUGCACCAACUUUUAUUCUUGUCUUCAUGAAAGAAAGGAAUGUUAAACAUGCUUGUAAUAUCAUUAAACACACUUAACCUGUUAACAAAAAUGUCUCUUUCAUAAAUAAGUCAAUAUAAAUGAUAUAUAUGAAUGAUCCCCUCCACUUGGUCCAUUCCCUGAUGUACAGUAAGGAUACGCUAGAGAGGAAGACCAGAUACUGAGCUGCAUGAAUGGUCAACAGGUAAAGUGACAUUUUAAUCACCAUGUCCACCUCAAGCAGGCCAAAGUCCAGUUUCAAUUCACUUUGUAUCAAAAUAAUCUCAAACUUGUACACUGAGUAGACUUUGCUCCAACGAACGGGAUUUCCCUUGAGCUGCAGUUCAGGUCAUGUCAGGAAAAUAGAUGUAUAUUUAUGGUUUGAAGACUUUAUACCGGGUAAUAAGGAAGGCACCAUUAAAAUGUUGUUGUGAUUAUUCUAGCGACCAUUGUGCAAGUGGCAGGCGGUUCAGAACACACUGGAAUAUUUGCAUGGUAACCUGAUAGUCAGCUGUGUGUCUCAAGGUUACAAACACACACACACCUGUUGGUACUGAAUUCACUGUGGGUGUUGACUUAACCUUUUCACUUACUUUAAGCACUUUCAUCACCAAUGGCUAGUGCAUUUAACUGAUUAAGACUAGUAUGUACCAACUAGGAACGUCUAAUUACGGUCAUAUUUAUUACAUUAAGUUACUUUUAAAGGGGAACAUUAUCACAAUUUCAGAAUGGUUAAAACCAUUAAAAAUCAGUUCCCAGUGGCUUAUUAUAUUUUUCUAAGUUUUUUUCAAAAUUUUACCCAUCACGCAAUAUCCCUAAAAAAAGCUUCAAAGUGCCUGAUUUUAACCACCCGUCCAUUUUCCUGUGACGUCACAUAGUGAAGCCAACACAAACAAACAUGGCGGAAAGAACAGCAAGCUAUAGCGACAUUAGCUCGGAUUC